CGAUACAAUAUGCCUAAAUACUGUCUGCAGCCAACAUGCCUUUUCCCAAACUAGAGGGCGUUGAGAGGGAGAAGACUUUUAGUUUGAAGACAGAUUUUGCUGGCUCCUGCUGUUGGUCUUAGCAACGCGUCGUCGCGUAGCGUAGGGGUUUUGUUUAUGCAACGUUAGCUAGCGUCUAUGAGAUUUCUACAUAAACCCGCGCUGUUGUUGGUAACGUUUUUUGGAGCCAUUAUUAAGACACCAGUUGCAGGGGAGGAUGCUCCAAUGCCUUUGGUGUGACUGACAGACCCGCCUUGGAGCCAUCACUAUGUCGGUGAUCAGCAGCCUUGUCCCCGCGCGUUUCCUCACACUCAUAGCCCACCUCGUCAUUGUCAUCACCAUAUUUUGGUCAAGGGAAAACAAUGUUAGGGCUUCUUUGCCCUUGCAGUUUACAAAAGAGGAAUACGAUCAGGAGGACACUAGGUUGGUGAUAGGACUGUCUGUCACUCUUGGCCUGUUUUUCAUAGAACUGUCUGGGUUUUUCUCAGGAGUAUCUAUGUUUAACAGCAGCCAAGCGCUCCUUUCCCUGGCAGCCCACUGCAGCGCGUCUAUCUGUCUGUCCUUCUUUGUGUUCCAGAAGUGGCAGUGCUGGACCUACUGGUUCAUUUUUGCCUUUUGCAGUCAGAUUCACAUCCAAGUAAUGAACAGGAAAAACAAGGGAAAAUCUGUCCCCUUUAAGAAUUGAAACUGCAAUGAACAAGAAUUGUACUGGUCAGACAUCCAGAUAUAAAUGUGUUUCCAGCCCUGGUGGAGCUUGUUCUCUUCUUUGCUGUCUUUGGGUUAAAAAAGAAGCCCCUCUGAGUUAUUAAUACAACAGCUG